AUGGCGCCCCUCACCCAGGAUGAGCAAACAGCCCUCGCCAAGCAAGUUCUACAACAACUAUCGACCACGCCGUAUGCCUGCUCGUCCCUUGAUCAACUGAGUGGCGGCACGGCCAAUUUUCUCUACCGUGGCACCCUUCUCAAGCCUCUUGCGCCUCAGCAUCACGACGACCAGCCAGCCAAGACGGUUGUGGUCAAGCGGUCCACCGACUUUGUCGCCAUUAAUCGCGACUUCCCUCUCGACAUUACGCGGUGCGUCUUUGAAGAAUCCACGCUUCGUGUUUUGGCCAAUGCUGCGUCAUUCGCUCCCGCCAGUGGCAACGUCGUGGUCAAGGCGCCGUGUCUCUACCUGUUCGACCAAGAGUCGCACACGCAGGUGCUCGAGGAUUUUCCGGAUACUACCGACCUGACUACUAUUUUGGAGUCCUCCGACGUCAAUACCAUCUUGCCCGGGUCGAGUGCGCUGUCCGUUGGCCGUGCCUUGGGCACCUGGCUUCGGUCGUUCCACGACUGGGCGUCUGCACCUGGUCAGGCUGCACUGCAGGAGGUCGGGUCCAACAUGGGCAUGCGAAAGCUCAAGUGUCUCAUUACCUAUGACAGCUUCAUUGAGAUCCUCGAGCGCCAUCCGGAACUUUUGGAUGGCUGCAGGAAGCCCCUGGAAGAAGUCAGGGAUGCAAUGAAGACGGAAUUUGAAAGAGACCCGGUGCCCGAUGAGAACCGCGGGCUCAUACACGGGGACUUUUGGGCAGGCAACGUUCUCCUCAAAAAUGUCCCCUGGCGUGAGGCAGCACGAGAAGACGAGGGGCCCAAUGAGCUCUUCAUCAUUGACUGGGAGAAUACGCAGUUUGGCCACCGGGCGGUGGACAUUGGGGGGAUGCUGGCAGAUAUCUACGAGCGCAACCAUUUCAAGGGCGUGCAAGCCAGCAUUCCCAUGAUGCAGGGGUUCAUGUCAGGAUACGGUUCGCUUGGCGACGACUUGGCUUUUACAACCGCCAUCCACGCCGGCGUCCACCUCAUCUGCUGGUACUACAGGCGUGAUCGAAAUGCUCCACUGCCGUACCCACUGGAGCGCGUGCUCGCGGCCUUGACACUGGGAAGGGACUUUGUUCUCAAGGGAUGGGCGAGGGACAGGCAAUGGUUCAAGACCAGCAUGUUGGCACCGUUGUUUGCCGGUGAGGCGAGCAACGUCGCGGCUUAG